CACCAGGUAAAUGGAACGGAAGGCGAGAUGGAAUAUGAAGAGAUCACACUAGAGAGGGGCAACUCCGGGCUGGGGUUCAGCAUCGCCGGGGGCACCGACAAUCCACACGUUGGCGACGACCCCAGCAUCUUCAUCACCAAAAUCAUCCCUGGAGGGGCGGCCGCUCAAGAUGGCAGAUUAAGAGUGAACGACAGCAUCCUCUUUGUGAACGAUGUGGACGUACGGGAGGUGACCCACAGCACGGCGGUGGAAGCGCUGAAGGAGGCCGGCUCCAUCGUGCGCCUCUACGUCAUGCGUCGGAAACCGCUGGCGGAGAAGGUGCUCGAGAUCAAGCUGAUCAAAGGCCCUAAAGGGCUGGGCUUCAGCAUUGCGGGCGGUGUGGGCAACCAGCACAUCCCGGGGGACAACAGCAUCUACGUCACCAAAAUCAUUGAGGGCGGGGCAGCCCACAAGGACGCGCGGCUGCAGAUCGGGGACAAAAUCCUGGCGGUGAACAAUGUGAGUCUGGAGGACGUCAUGCACGAAGACGCUGUGGCAGCUCUGAAGAACACCUUUGACAUUGUCUACCUGAAGGUGGCCAAGCCCACCACCCUCGACCUGAACGACUCUUACGCCCCUCCUGACCUCACUUCCUCUUACUCUCAUCACCUGGACAACGAAAUCGGUCAUCAGAGUUACCUGGGUAGCGACUACCCACAAGCCAUGACCCCCACCUCUCCUCGGAGGUACUCCCCCAUCCCGAAAGAGCUGAUGGGGGAGGAAGAUAUUCCCAGGGAACCGCGUCGCAUCGUGAUCCACCGUGGCUCAACAGGGCUGGGGUUCAACAUUGUGGGGGGCGAAGACGGCGAGGGCAUUUUCAUCUCCUUCAUCCUGGCCGGAGGACCAGCUGACCUCAGCGGGGAACUUCGGAAAGGGGACCAGAUCCUCUCAGUCAACGGCGUGGAUCUCAGGAACGCUACCCACGAACAAGCUGCCAUCGCUCUGAAAAACGCCGGGCAGACGGUCACCAUUAUCGCCCAGUACAAGCCAGAUGAGUACAGCCGCUUUGAAGCCAAGAUCCACGAUCUGCGGGAACAGCUGAUGAACAGCAGUUUGGGUUCAGGAACCGCCUCGCUUCGGAGUAACCCCAAAAGGGGCUUCUACAUCCGGGCUCUCUUCGACUACGACAAGACCAAGGAUUGUGGCUUCUUGAGCCAAGCUCUGAGUUUCCAUUUUGGCGACGUCCUACACGUCAUUGACGCUUCCGACGAGGAGUGGUGGCAGGCGCGACGUGUCCAUCCGGAUGGCGACAGUGACGAGCUUGGCUUUAUUCCCAGCAAGAGGCGGGUCGAGCGACGGGAGUGGACGCGGUUAAAAGCAAAGGAUCGGGGCCCUGGAUCAGGCUGUCAAGGUCGAGAAGAUGCUGUGUUGAGCUACGAAACCGUUGUGCAGAUGGAAGUUCAUUAUGCCCGUCCGAUCAUUAUUUUGGGGCCCACCAAGGACCGUGUCAACGACGACCUCCUUUCUGAGUUUCCAGACAAAUUCGGGUCUUGCGUGCCACACACCACGCGGCCGAAACGGGAGUACGAAGUGGACGGCCGAGAUUACCACUUUGUGGCUUCGCGGGAGAAGAUGGAGAAGGACAUUCAAGGCCACAAAUUCAUCGAGGCCGGACAGUACAAUAGCCACCUUUAUGGGACAAGCGUCCAGUCCGUACGGGAAGUGGCUGAGCAGGGCAAGCACUGCAUUUUGGACGUCUCCGCCAACGCCGUCCGGAGGCUGCAAGCCGCUCAGCUUCACCCCAUCGCCAUUUUCAUCCGGCCCCACUCCCUCGAGAAUGUUUUAGAAAUUAACAAGCGGAUAACGGAGGAGCAGGCGCGGAAGGCCUUCGACAGAGCUACGAAACUGGAGCAGGAAUUUACAGAAUGCUUUUCAGCCAUCGUAGAAGGAGAGAGCUUCGAAGAGGUCUACCACAAGAUCAAGAGAAUCGUCGAGGAACUCUCUGGUCCCUAUAUCUGGAUUCCGGCUCGUGAAAGACUUUAG